GCGUUCACCACUCAGUCACAGUACUAUCGCACCGAGACGAAUUCAGUGUCAACCGAUUGACGCACGCGUACAAUCAAAUCAUUCAUUUGUUAACAGUAUACUGGUUUGGAUCGAUUUGGAGCUUGAUUCAUCCAAUAUAAAUAAAGAUCAUGCGAAAAACGGUGAUUUUUUUGGCAUUGAUUGCCGCCGUUGUGGUGGUUGCUCACCCACAAGCUCCACCGCCAACAGAUACAGAUCCAAAGGGUGAACAGUUACCCGAACUGCAAAGUAAACAAACCUUGGACGAAUUAAUUUCACAGAUUUUUACACAGGACAAUAGUGGUUUCAAUCAAAAUUCAACGCCUCAACCACCAGUCAUUGUUCAAGGUCAAGGCAAUGAUGGUACAAUGAACGGUGGCAACUAUGGCGGCGGUAGUCAACAGCCACAAUAUCCAAGUCAGUUGCCGAUUACCACACUACCAUCAACAUAUCAACAACCAAGUCAGCCACCAACUUAUACACCUCAACCACAACAGCAUAAUAUUCCCACACAGCCACCAUAUCAGCCGCCUUAUCAGCCAUCACAACCACUAACACCAUCAAACGAGCCAAAAAACCCUUGUCAAUUUGGAAGUGAAUGUGUGCCAUAUUACCAAUGCGCAAACGGAACGAUUAUCACUGAUGGUGAAGGCCUAUUGGAUAUUCGUUUUGGUCAAGAGGAGAAUAUCGAUCCGCAGCGUCAUCCAUGCCCGGGCCUGUUUAACACAUGUUGUUCAUUACGUUCUGAAGUGCCAACGAUUCCAAAAGUGACACCCAAUGUCGGUUGUGGUUUUCGUAAUGUUGAUGGAGUCGGAUUUAGAAUCACCGGUGACAAAGAUAACGAAGCUCAAUUUGGCGAAUUCCCGUGGACCGUGGCCAUUUUAAAAGAAGAAAAAGCACUAGACGGACAAAUUUUGAAUGUAUACGUAUGCGGUGGAUCUUUGAUUGAUCACAACGUCGUAUUGACUGCCGCUCAUUGUGUCGAUAAGAAAGAACCACAUAUUUUGAAAGUUCGUGCCGGUGAAUGGGACACACAGACCAAAGAUGAAAUCUUUCCUCAUCAAGACAGAUCUGUGCGAGACUAUGUCAUCCAUCCGGAAUAUCAUCGUGGCGCUUUGCAUAAUGAUGUUGCUCUGUUAUUCCUUGCACAACCAGUUGAUAUUGCUGAAAACGUUAAUACUGUUUGCUUGCCAAAUCCGGGUGAUGUUUUCGAUCAUGCAAGAUGCUUCGCUUCAGGCUGGGGAAAAGAUCUUUUUGGUAAGGAUGGUAAAUAUCAAGUGAUCUUAAAACGAGUUGAACUUCCUGUCGUGCCAUUUGCACCAUGCCUACAGAAAUUGAGAGAAACACGCCUUGGCAACCAUUUCAACUUGCAUAAGAGUUUCAUCUGCGCCGGCGGUGAAAGAGGUCGUGACACCUGUAAGGGGGACGGUGGAAGUCCAUUGGUGUGUCCUAUACUUAAUGCACCGGGACGGUAUGCACAAGCCGGAAUAGUUUCAUGGGGCAUAGGUUGUGGAGAUGCUACCCCAGGUGUCUAUGUAAACGUUCCGAUGUUCAGGCAAUGGAUUGACGAGCAAAUGCGAUUGAAUAAAUUGACUCCGAAUUCGUAUUCGCAAUAAUUAGAACAACAAAAGCCAUAAUAGCAAAAGCAAACUUACUACUAUUUUAGUUGAAUUGAUUAAAAUGAACAUCAAGUAGAUGCAUCCGUUACCAUUCCGAUAGCGAUGACCAACUCAAAAUCAUUUUGAAUUUAAGUCGACACCACAUGCCAAUGACAAUAACCCUAUUAAAUUGUGACAAUCGAUAUCAAAUAAUAAGAGUUUUUAAAUUAAUAAAAUGUAAUACGUGUCAACGAAUA